AUGACCGACCUACUCACUAAAAUACUUGAAAUCAACGUUUAUCUACAACCAGUGCUAUUUUUUCUUUCGAUUAUUACGAAUACAAUUAAUGUACGUGUUUUAUGUUCUCAUGACCUUCGUUUAUCGGCAUGUACGCAUUAUUUUCUCGCCUAUGCAAUAUUUAAUAUCAUAUAUACUUGCUUGAUAUGUCCGACCGAGUUUCUACUCCAUUUUCACAUCGAUUGGUCAACUAGUCUAGUCGGAUGUAGAAUACGAGCUUAUGUUAUGCUUUUAGCUCCGUUUUUAGCACGAACCAUGCUUACAUUAGCUUCGUUUGAUCGCUACUGUUCGAGUUCUCAUUCUCAUCGAUUUCACGUAAUAAGUGAAAUACAAUCAGCAAGAUUAAUAAUUGUAAUUACGACAAUAAUAUCUAUCAUCUACAUGUCACCAUUGGUGGCUAUCUACCAUAGGGAAGAAACACCCGGUGCAUGUUUGCAAUACUCCAAUUUACUAAUUAAUAUGUAUAUUUUCAGUCAGAUUCUUCUCUAUUAUAUUUUAGCGCCUAUACUAAUGAUUCUAUUUGGUUUGCUAACUAUAUCUAAUGUUCGACAGCUAGCCGCUCGCAUUGGACCUCGAGUAUCGAUCGUACGCCACCGUCGAACCGGAAGACAAUUAACUCGACUGUUACUUUUGCAGAUAGGUAUUCAUCUGAUUCUUACUAUGCCGUUCGGUGUUAUUUAUAGUAUGAAUUCAUUUAAACCAUCAACACAACCAUCGAAUACUUCAGCUGUCCGUCACAUAUUAGUCAUAUGGCAACAGUGUGAUUGUUUUGUAUCGUUUUUUCUUUAUCUCCUUUCUGACAGUACCUAUCGCAAGCAUCUUGCUCGUAUAUUAAAACUUGGCACACAUCAAAAUCAUAGAAUAGACCGAUCUAUCAUUCAACAAGCUGAAACAAUACAAUAA